AUUUUCUUACAUUCUUCAGUAAGCUAAUAAUGACUUCUCCAACUAGGUGAAUGCUUAUGAUUCUUGCUCUUAUUUUCUUACAUCAUUUUACUUCAACAUAACUUCACUUAACACACACAGACAUUUAUGUUGUUGUUUCUUUGUUAUUUGUCUUGUAUGUGCUUAUAGAUCUCUGAAGUUGAUGCUUAACUAUGGUAUAAAAAGAUUGAAUUUUUAUCUUAUUUUGAAAUCAAGAUUGAAUUUUUAUUUCUUUUUAAAAUCAAGAUUGGAUUUUUUUUUGUUGGGAAUGGCUAUAGUUGCAAGAUUUGGUAGGCAAGCAAAGAGGUUUAAUGGGGUUUGUAUAAAGACUAGUGCAGUAGCUGUAUUGGGCUUGUGUUUUAUUUUAGUAUGGUCUGCUUUUUCAUCUUCUUAUACUUCAGUGACUGAUCAAAGAAGUACUUUUGGUGAAAUUUCUCAGCCCAUUUCUUCAAAUCAGAAUCGUGGUAAACCCCAGAUUCAUGAAUUUAAAAAAGAUAACACUGAAUCUGAUUUAGAGAAGGAUGUUAGGAAAAGAAUUAAUGGGUCUGAGCCAUUGGUUAAGGUAGAUAGUAAAGAAGUGAAGGAAGGGGAUGUGAAAGUUGAAAAAGAUAGUAGUAAGGAAAGUGAAAAUGGUAACGAGGAAGAAGAGGAACAUAAGGUUUCGGAUGAACCCGAGAAUGAGGAGGUGAGGAAAGAAAGUGAGGAGGAAGAGGGGAAAGUGAAUGGGGAAGUUCAGGGGGAUGAUGAUGUGAAUGCUGUUUUGGAUUCAGAGGGAGAAGCAAAAGUUGUUGUGAAUGAAGAAGAUGAGAGCAGUGAAUUGGAGGGUGAAAAGAAGGUUAAGAAGAAAUUGGGUCCGUUGUUUGAUCCAAAGGAAAAAUAUAAUUGGAAAUUAUGUAGUAGUAGGAGUAAGCAUAAUUACAUUCCUUGCAUUGACAUUGAGAAGGCUACAGGAAGGUUAAAGAGUUAUCGGCAUCAUGAGAGGAGUUGUCCCAAACUGCCUCCAACGUGUUUAGUUCCUCUUCCUCAUGAGGGGUAUGGGAUUCCGGUUAGCUGGCCUGAAAGCAAACUGAAGAUCCUGUAUAAGAAUGUGGCACAUCCGAAACUAGCUGCAUUUGUUAAGAAGCAAAGCUGGGUGGUAGAAUCUGGUGAAUAUCUCACUUUUCCGCAGAAUGAGUCUCAACUCAAAGGUGGAAUCUCGCACUAUCUUGAAUUCAUUGAAGAGAUGGUACCGGAUAUUGAAUGGGGGAAAAACAUUCGUACAGUUUUGGACAUUGGAUGUACUGAUUCAGGCUUGGCGAGUUCUCUACUUGACAAGGAUGUGCUUGCACUUGCACUAGGUGUGAAAGAUGAUCUAGUUGACCUGGCACAAGUUGCUCUUGAGCGUGGUUUUCCUGCUGUAAUUAGUUCCUUCGGAUCUCGGAGGCUUCCAUUCUCCAGUGGUGUUUUUGAUGUGAUUCAUUGCGGGGAAUGCCUUAUACCAUGGCAUUCUAAUGGUGGAAGACACCUUCUGGAAAUGAACAGAAUUUUGAGACCAGGGGGGUACUUCAUUUUGUCGAGUAAACAGGACAGUAUCGAAGCCGAAGAAGCUAUGUCCAAGCUUACUGCAAGUAUUUGCUGGAAUAUCUUGGCACAUAGGAGCGAUGAAGUCAGCGAUAUUGGUGUUAAAAUAUAUCAGAAGCCUGAAUCGAAUGAUAUUUAUGAACUGAGAAGGAAGAAAGUUCCUCCGAUGUGCAAAGAAAAUGAAAACCCUGAUGCUGCCUGGUAUGUCCCAAUGAAGAACUGUUUACAUGCCAUUCCAACUGCAAUUGAACAACGCGGGACUGAGUGGCCUGAUGAAUGGCCUAGAAGGCUUAUGACUUUUCCUGAGUGGAUAAACAACAAGGAGAAAUUAAUUGCUGACAGUGAUCACUGGAGAUCUAUUGUUACCAAGUCCUAUUUAAUCGGAAUGGGUAUUGACUGGUCAAAAAUCAGAAAUGUAAUGGACAUGAAGGCCAUUUAUGGAGGAUUUGCAGCGGCUCUUUCACAGCAGAAGGUUUGGGUAAUGAACGUGGUCCCUGUAAAUGCACCAGAUACACUUCCAAUAAUCUUUGAACGGGGGCUGGUUGGUGUCUAUCAUGAUUGGUGUGAGUCGUUCACUACAUAUCCAAGAUCAUAUGACCUUUUGCAUGCAGAUCAUCUCUUUUCUCGACUUAAGGAUAGGUGUAAGCAGCCUGUGGGAAUAGUAGUCGAGAUGGAUCGGAUUCUUAGACCCGACGGUUGGGCAAUUAUACGUGACAAGAUGGAAAUACUAGAACCACUAGAGGGUAUAUUCAGAAGUAUGCACUAUGAAAUCCGUAUGACUUUCGCGCAGGGAAAGGAAGGUUUACUCUGCGCCCAAAAAACCUUGUGGCGUCCUUGAAAUCAUGUUGUUGAGUUCGUUUGCAUCUCCUGAUCUUCAAAUUACGGUAUAUUCUCUCCACCUUAAAGAAUUAGAGUAUUUAGAAGGAGACAGCUUAGUUUUGUCUUUUUUGAGGCAUACAAGUCAUUUUUUUCAUCAUUCUUGACAUGAACAAUACUAGCUAUCUUAGUUUUUUGUAUAUUGAAAUUUUGUUGUUGUUAGAUUGCAGAGAAUACACUGCAUUGUAUGAGCAUUAUAUGAUUUGGCACAUAAAAAUUCCCUCAAUGAUGCAAAGGUUACUUAUUAUAAAAAAAUAUAUUUGCUUUAUUUUUGCA